AAGUUGAGUGUUUUGAUCCAUAGCAGCGACUCAUACCCCGCCCUAACCUUCUGCAAAGUGAUCGUUCACUUCGCGCUCAUCAACGAUAAGCCGGGCGAAGACUUCGAGUUUGUGAGCGGUUCUCAGUUCACUGUCAGUCGCACCGCCAAUAAGGACAACAGUUCUCACUAUUGUGUUGACGACAGAAAAGUUCAAUUCAAAGAAGUGUCGAAACUGUUGUCAUCGCAUGGAAUCGAUUUGCGUUACAAUCGGUUUCUUAUACUCCAGGGAGAGGUGGAACAGAUCGCUCUCAUGAAACCCAAGGCAGACAACGACAACGAGUCAGGAAUGCUUGAGUUCUUGGAGGACAUUAUAGGCACGACUCGCCUGAAGGAGCCGUUGAGUCAGUUGGCGCUCAAAGUGGAGGAAUUCAAUGAGAUUAGAGCCGAGAAAAUGAAUCGCGUGAAAGUGGUCGAGAAGGAGCUCAAGACUCUGGAAGAGGCCAAGAAUGAGGCGAUCAGGUUCUUGGAGGCGGAGAACGGCAUUACCAUCGAGAAGAGCAAACUCUAUCAGACCUAUAGGAGUGACGCCAAUACAGAGAGGGAGACGGCUCUCAAUGAGUACAACAGAGCCAAUGAUAUCUAUGAGAAGGCGAUGAAUGAAAUAAACGAUUUGAAAGAACAGAGACAGGCCUCGGAAGCCGAACACAAGGAGAAGAGCCAACAGUUCUCUAUAAUCAAUAAGAAGGCCGAAGAGUUGAACGAGAAAUUCAAGGAAUGCGAGAGACUUGACGUUCAGUUGAGAGAUAAACUGAAAAAUAUUAAAACUAAGGGAAAGAAGUUGGAUAAAGACAUUGAGAAUGAAAACGAGAAGUUAGAGGACUUGACACUAAUGCCAGACAAGUGUCGGACAGAGAUCGAGGUGUUGACCAAAAAGAAGGAAAAGGCGGAAAAUGACUUAAAACUGGCGGACGAGCGGUUGGCUGUAGUGAUGGGUGAGAUUAAAGGCGAUACCGAACCGCUUAAGAACCGGAAGGACGUGAUUGAGAAGCAGUUAAUGGAACUCCAGAAAGGAGUGAACGAAAUGAGAUCUCUGAUGGAAAUCGCGAAACAAGAACUCGAUAUCUAUUUAAGUGAAGAACAAAAGCAAAAGACAAGACUUCAACAGUUGAACUGUCAGUUCGAUAAGAACACGACUGACGCCAAGGAUAAGCGAAACGCUUUGCAAAGGUUUCAAACGGAGAUCCCUUCGGCUGAACACAAAAUGAAUGAAUUGCGAGAAGAGAUCGAAAAACUGGAGCAAAAGAAAAGCAAAUUCACCGAAGAGUUCACUAAUCGUAACAAUCAGUUGCAGUCUCUGAGACACUCUGCGGGCGACACUCACUCUCGGAAUCGGGUCUUAAAUGCUUUGAUGGAUCAGAAGAAAAAGGGACACUUGAGGGGCAUUUUAGGCCGUUUGGGAGACUUGGGAGCCGUGGACUCGAAGUACGACUGCGCCGUCUCGACCGCCUGCGGGACACUCGACAACAUCGUUACCGAAACCGUAGACAACGCCACCGAUUGCAUCAAUUUUCUCAAGAAGAAUAACAUCGGGACCGCAAGGUUUAUGCCUUUGGAUAAGAUAUCGAAGUCGACGCGGAUUAGCGACGAACAGGCAUUUCCCGAAGGAGUGCCCCGUCUUUUCGAUCUGAUCCGAGUUAAUGACGAGAGAGUGAGAGUUGCCUUUUAUUACGGUUUACGGAAUACACUGUUAGCCAAAGACAUAGAACAGGCCCACAGGAUAUCCUCUCCUAAAGGCACUCAUGAGAGGCACCGAGUGGUCACUCUUAAGGGCGAACUCUACGAGACGUCCGGAACUAUGUCUGGAGGCGGGCGACCAUCUACUGGACGAAUUGGCUCUUCGGUUGCGGUGACAGAAGUGGACGAAAAAGAGAUUCAAGCGCUCGAAGAAGAAGUGAAUCGUUUGAGGAAUAAAAUGAGUGAAAUAAACAACAGAUUAGAUGACGUGAGAACAGAAUCGGAAAGACUUUUGAAAGACAUAACUGUUAUGAAGAAAAAUAAGCCUCAGUUUGAAAUGGAAGUCAAACAGUUCGACAAAAUGGAAGCCGAGCUCAAGAAGUCCAUCAAAGAACAGGAGGAAAGGGUGACGAAAGCAGCGCCCGAUGCC